AGUAAUUAUGAAGACCUCUCAGUGCCAAUCCAGAGUAUCUCAGAGCGGCAGCGCGAGCUACAUGAGCAGCCUCAGCACCAGCGCAAUGAACCCGCUCAGCAGCGCGAGCCUCAUCCUCCUUGUUCUCCUCAUCUCAGCGAUCCCCAUCUGCAAAAGUUCUCCAAUACAACAGCAGAGAGCAACACUAGACCAGUACCAGCUUCUCAACCAGCUAGAAGAUGUGUGCUCAUCCUACCUUUCUGCAGACCUGCCAUUUCGGAUACCCAAUGUUUUAGGAGAACUCUGUGUGUUGAUGCUUGUACAGAAGUCUAAGAAAGGAUGGGACAAUCCUAGUAAAAGGGAUCAUCUCCAGGGACCUGGAGGAAUUCAGAGCAGAGGGUACUUCUUAUAUCGGCCAAGAAAUGGAAGAAGAUCCCUAGAAUUUGAGUAAAUAGUCCCUACUCUACGUUGUACAGAGAUGACACAGAACCAGAUAACCGAACAGGCACAACCAUCUUAGAGUGGUCCAGACCUCCACCAAAACGAUGUUGAAAGAAUGAAGAAACAAAAUGAAGAACAAAGAAAUGAGAGUCUAAGUAAAAUAAUCUUUGUUUGUCCAAAAGUCUUAUUUGUGUUUUGAUGAUGUGUCUUUUGAAUUAAAAGCAUUGUUAUAUGGU